AUGCGUAGCAAACGACUGAAGGAUUUCCUCAAACGGCCGUGGAAUCCAGACAGACAUCCAAGUCCGCUAAUCGAACCCGACCCCGCCCGACAGACCUCGAGAGACCACUCCACCUCCCGACCUUUGGACCCCGCGGAUAGCAUCACCCAUGCAUCAGCAACGACAUCCGUGAUCUCCUCAGAUGAUACCGUUGCAACAGCUGUUCCUGCUCGGCCUUCAACCGCGAUCGUCACAGGCCAUGGCGGAACAGUGGCAGAUCGCCCCGAUACCUUCGUAGUGCCUGGCAAGGCUCCAGAGCCCCAGAACCCAACCACUCCGACCUUGCAGGCGCUGGCUCCCCCAACCACAACCACCGAGCCCUCGUCAACCUCAGCGUUGACUUCCGAGCAUUCUGUACCAAUCCUUCAAGAACGUCUCUUGGUUGAAGCAUACGAUGCGCUCAAGUUUGGGGACCCUAAGAUCGUCGAUGCCUACGAGAAGCUACUGUCCGUCAAGGUCAAAGAUACUGAUUCGGAGCCCACCGACGAGGCCGAAAACCGGAUUGCGGCUUUUACGCAAGAGGAAUGGGGCCGGAUGAAGCAGAUGAUUGAAGACGGACUCAAGAAAAGGGAGAGAAGCGCGGCUGUGUACAAAAAGAUCAACGAUGCGAUCCAAUUUGCGACGCCCAUCAAGCCAAUAAUCACCCAAGUUGUGCAAGCCAGCCCGCCAGUGGCCACUGCUUGGGUUGGCGUGUCGCUUGCCCUCGAGAUACUCAUUAACCCCUUGGAAGAGUCGGAGAGCAGUAUCAGCGGCAUUGCGUAUGUCGUAUCAAGAAUGGAAUGGUACUGGGCCCUUGUAGGCCUACUCAGCUCAACGGCUUCCAACACACAUCUUGUACUCCAGCGCAAGAUCGAGGACCAGUUUUCGAAGUUAUACCAGAAGCUGCUGUUGUACCAAAUGAAAAGCAUUUGUCGAUACUUCCGGGCCCGUUUCAAGACCUUUUGCAGGGAUCUUGGAAAGCUCGAUGACUGGGAUGGCCAACUUGAAGCCAUCAAAACCUCCGAGGUCGUGUUGUUGCGAGACUUUAGGACAUACAACGAUCAGGUUCUAGUGGGAGACACCCACGAAAUGGUUGGUUUCCUCAAGACAAUCGACUCUAGCGCGGAAGAUAUACGCAAGGGCCUUCACUACGUGACGUCUGCUAUGGAAUGCUAUUUGAAAUUGAAGGAGGAUGCACAGAAGGACGAAAAGCACGAGAAAUGCCGUCGAGACCUUUUUUUGACGGAUCCUGAAGCGGACAAACAACGCAUCAUAGACAGCAAAGGUAACCUUCUCGAAGCAUCCUACGAGUGGAUCCUGGAUCUCCCAGAAUUCCAGCGCUGGAAAACGAAUCCUGAAAGCCGCCGCCUCUGGAUUAGAGGUGACCCGGGGAAGGGCAAGACUAUGCUGCUUUGUGGCAUUAUCAAGGAACUCGAGAGGAACAGGCUCGAACGCCUAUGCUACUUUUUCUGUCAAGCGACUAUGCCGAAGCUCAACAACGCAACGUCCGUCUUGCGCGGCUUGGUCUACCAAUUGGUCAAGAAAUACCCUUGGCUUAUCGAUUCAGUUCUCGCCGAGUACAACGAUACAGGCAAGCAAUACUUUGAGGAUCACAAUGCCUGGCAAACCAUGUCUAAAAUUCUCCUCAAUAUUCUGCGCGAUCCGUGUAUGAAUGGAGUGCUGUUGAUUGUGGAUGCUCUCGACGAGUGCAUAGACUUGAAGGACCGUCGGAGACUCCUUGUUUUCAUCGACCGGGCAUCUUCCGAAUAUAAUGCCAAAUGGAUCAUCUCAAGCCGCAACUGGCAAGAUAUUGAAGAGACUCUGGACACCAACACGAACACUAAGUAUACCCUUUCCCUUGAAAUGAACAAACAUCUUAUCUCGGAUGCUGUCAAAGUGUACAUCAAGGCGAGAGUCAUGGAACUAGCUGAGCUCAAGAAGCUCGACACCCAGACUCACGAGCAGGUUGAACGUCAUCUCGUCGAGAACUCGAAUGACACGUUUCUAUGGGUGGCUCUGGUCUGCGAAGCACUUAGAGACGUUGCGACAUAUGAGAUACCAGUCGCUCUGGAAUCAUUCCCCGCGGGCCUGACUGAAAUGUACGAACGCAUGAUGCCAAGCGAUACCACUACAGCCACCGACAAGCUCCGUGCAAAGGUUCUGGCGAUUAUAUCAGUACUAAAGCGUCCUGUCACUCCAGAAGAGCUUCGAAACAUAUUCGAGCUCCCAAGUCACAUCUCCGGCAACACAGAGAGCGUGGAACAGCUGGUAAAGUCAUGUGGCUCAUUCCUGAACCUCCAAGAUGGGACGAUAUACUUCAUACACCAGUCAGCUGCGGACUUCUUGCGCGAAAAGAAAUUCCAGGAGUUUCCUGACCUAGGAAGUCGCCACUUCGCCAUUUUCAGACACUCUUUAAGAGCAUUAGCCAAGUCCAAGGUCAUGAAAUGCAACAUCUACAAUAUCGAAUCGCCCGGAACAUCCAUCGAAGACGUCAUCCCGCCUGAACCAAACCUCCUGACAAGUCUGGCAUAUUCUUGCCUCCAUUGGAUUGAGCACCUGUGGGACUCAGUAUAUGCUGUGGAAUCGAGAGAUGGCAGAGAAGACUACGUUUCCGGAAUCUUGGCCUUUCUUCAAAAAAGAUUUCUCUAUUGGGUAGAGGCUUUCAUUCUGCUUGGUCAUGUCUCAAAAGGCAUCAAAGCAAUUCAAAAACUCGCAACCCUGAUCGGAACUGGUGUAAACGAAGACUCAAGGACACUUUCGGACUUCAUUCGAGAUGCCAACCGAUUUGUUCUUUAUAACAGAGAAAUCAUGGAGAAAUACCCAUUGCAACUCUAUGCUUCCUCUUUAGCUUUUAGUCCUCAAGACAGCAUCGUGAGGAACCACUUUGGACACGAUAUUCCUCACUGGAUAGUCAAGAUUUCGGGGCUGAAAUCAACCUGGGACGCGUGUCUUCAGUGA